GCAAGCGAGAUCACGAACCCCGUAUGGUCAAUGAUAAGAAGAAGAUGGCUAUGGCCCUGGCGAGAUCCACCAUACAACCGCCUUCUUCUGUAGUGGUAGUGUAACUACUAACCUUGCCACUAUACGGACGCUGGCUUCUCACCGAGCCGUGCCAAGCUUCCACUGUGUAUGCGGAACCUUCACCGCAGCUGCCCCGACCGGAAUCACCGCCUCCAGCUAAACUCUAACCUCCGCCUCAGCGACUCUGAGCAGGCAGUGGUGAGAAGGGGUUAUGUCUUGUCUACAAAGCCCAAUUCUACAUUCAUUCUGUCUUUCAAUCGACUCAGCGCCCGCAAAUGUCCUGAGCUAUUUCAUCGCCCACCAUGCCAAUCCCAACGCGCUCCCUGUCCCUACGCGAGCCCCGUACCGGUAAGCCGUUGACCACCGGUCGCUCCGCCACAACCAAGACCAUUCCUUCCACGAUUUCUACGGCAGUUGGCGGAAAAUCCUCUUAUCCUGCCACCGGAAAUGAGAACACCAUCACACGAAACAAGAGUCUUCUACCUGUCCGUGAUGAUGGCCGUUCCGCAAGAUCUUCCCGAAUCCAGCAGCCAGCAGAGAGUCGCCUGGCCCAGCGGCCGGCCAAGACCAUGGAUAAGGGAUUGCAACAGCAAGACGCACCCUCCACGCGCGAAGCGACCGGGGCGAGUCGUCGCCAGAGCCUCAUUCGACCGACCCCGUUGAAGCCUACUGGAUCUGUGAAGCCGACCGCUACGUUGACGACCCCCAAACGGACUACUUUUGCGCCGGGUCCAUUAUCCCUCUCCAAACAAGAAGUAGGCUCCAGUCAGACUGGACGGCCCUUAUCUCCUAAGAAAACAGAUAUGCCUCCGCCCUCAUCACGACUCAAUCGAUCCGCUUCCUUACGACAGCCGGCCAAGCCCAGCUCCAGUACGCCGUCCAUCACUCGGGGCCACGCGCGCCAUCGUAGCCAAGGGGUUACGCCCAAUGCGAGUCGAGUGACGGGAAGGCUGGAACCUCCUUCCUCGACUACAAUGACUCCGAUACGUCCGAGAACCCAAGUCUCGUCCCAUCCGCAGAGUGUGUCCUCGAAAAAGACGGUCAAUCCAGCAGCCACGAAGAACCUAACUGCCAGUGCCUCCGAAGACGUCGAUUCUUCUUUGAUACCAUCGUCCUGGCCCGAGCUUGCAGCCUUGCAAACUGAGCUCUUACAACUUAGCCUUACCCACUCCGCAUCUCUCCAACAGAAGACGUCCUGGGUAACCAAUGCCGAAGCUCAACUCCGGAUAGACUACAAUUCCGUGGCGGAUGAUUAUCGUGCUGCUCUUGCUGUAGAGCAAGACCUUCGAACACGACUCAAUGGGCAGGCCCUGCAUUGCUGGUUACAAAAUUCUCAUGAGCACAAUGGUCCUCGAGGAUUCGCGGCGCAGAUUCAGGUGCUUUCCCAGGUAGCAGAGGACGUGUACAUUGUGACGGAUAAUCUGGAAGGGCGGUACACGGCAAUCGUGCAAGAAUUUGAAGAGUGGUUUCAGCGGGUGGAAGAGAUUCGGUACCUCCGGCUUCAUCAAGAGCGAGGCAUGCACCCCGGCGUUUUCAUUGAUUCCUUAGACCGCACUUGGCAGGAGGAAGUGUCGGCUUUAUCUACGAAAUUGGACUAUUGCUCGCGGCAGUUACAAAGCCUGGAUCUGCUGGGCUACGGAGAGCUGGAGCGUUUUGACGGCUCUGCGCUGUUCCGCACGAUUAAAAACCUGGAGGAGAUGGUGACGCUGAUGGUCGAGGAGCUGCACACGAUCCGUAAGAUUGAAGGCGACGUCGUAAGAGCGGAACGGGCAUGGGUUGGUCAACUGGCUCAGCAGCUGAGCGCCAUGCCACCGCCGCAACAGCAACUUGGCCUCUGGAAACAGGCUUCCUUGCGAUCAUGACCAAAUAUUCGCAAUCUGUCUCCCGCCUUGAUGGCGAAUCUCUUGCCACCGUCUUGAGCAGCCAACUGCGCAACGACCGUCCUUCUCUUUUAUCAAACAUGCAAUCUGAAAAUUAUUGCAAUCGGAGUCCGACUGUGCGAGUCGAGUGCCGUAAGCGUCGCUGGGCCAUGGAUUCGCCUGCGGAACACAUUGGGGGGGUAAAACCAGCGAUGCAUCAUGGGGUCAUCAAGGGACGAAAACCGGUUCUGGCAGGCUCCCGGCCGCUCAUUGGGAGGUCUGGCUUAUUUUUUACACUAGGUAGCCCUGUUCACUAGCUGCCUUGCGUCGCAAGCGAUCGGGCAACCCCUUCCAGGACUUCUGCA